UGAUAGAAUUGGUGAGUCCUAACCUGCCCCCCCCCCCCGCCCCCGGUUCACAGGUACAGCAUUGUGUCAGACAUUCUACCAGAAGAGGAGCGUCAGAAGAUCUCCGGUUCAGGACUCUGUAACGGACACGCCUCCUCUCCUGUCCGACCUCGCUCCAGCUCGCCCGCCGCGCCCGCCACCAGGGGACGAGGAGGGAUGAACAACGGGAAGAUCCUGACCCGAGGCUCCAGCCAGCUCCGGAGCCGCUUCGUCAAGAAGAACGGACAGUGUAAUGUUUUAUUCACCGACAUGGCGGAGAAGAGGCAGCGUUACCUGGCCGACAUCUUCACCACCUGCGUGGACGUACGCUGGAGAUACCUGCUGCUCCUCUUCUGCUGCAGCUUCCUGCUCUCAUGGCUCUUCUUCGGGAUCGUCUUCUACACCGUGUCUCUGGCACACGGGGACUUUGAGAGGAGCGCUGUGGGGAAGGGGGACGGGGGGGCUGUAGAGGGGCUGCAUGGACCGGCGGGGGGGCAGACUCAGAGAAUACCCUGCGUACUCCACGUUCAGGGUUUCGUUGGAGCCCUCCUGUUCUCCAUGGAGACCCAGACCACCAUCGGGUAUGGAUGGCGCUGUGUGACUGAGGAGUGUCCUGUUGCCAUAGUAACCGUGGUGAUUCAGUCCAUCGUAGGCUGUAUCAUCGACUCGUUCAUGAUCGGGACCAUCAUGGCCAAGAUGGCCCGGCCUAAGAAGAGGAACCAGACCCUGGUGUUUUCUAAAAAUGCCAUCAUCGCCCUGCGUGACGGGAAGCUGUGCCUCAUGUGGCGGGUUGGAAACCUGCGGCGGAGCCACAUCGUGGAGGCUCACGUCCGGGCGCAGCUCAUACGCUCGUACGUCACAGCGGAGGGCGAGUUCAUCCCUCUGGAGCAGACGGAUCUGAACGUGGGCUACGACGAGGGCACAGACAGACUGUUCCUCGUGUCUCCUCUGGUCAUAGUCCACGAGAUAGACCGGGACAGCCCCCUUUACUCCUUAAGCAGGGCGGACUUAGAGACCGACCACUUUGAGAUCGUGGUCAUCCUGGAGGGGAUGGUGGAGGCCACGGCCAUGACCACGCAGUUCCGUAGCUCCUACAUCGCCCGGGAGAUCCUGUGGGGUCACCGCUUUGAGCCGGUGAUCUACGAGGACCGAGACUGCUACAAGGUGGACUACGCCCGCUUCCACAAGACCUAUGAGGUGCCGUCCACCACGCAGCUCAGCGCCAGAGAGCUGGACGAGGCUGCAGGCCACGCCUCCUCUGCUGCUAUUAGCCACGCCUCCUCUGCGUGUAAAACCACAGAGGACCUGAUCCCCCGGUCUGUGAGCACCUUCUGCUACGAGAACGAGGCGGUCCUGAGCUGUGAGGAGGAGGACGACGUGUUCACCUCCUCGCACGCCGGAGGGAUGGAGUGGAGCGAGGAGCGCAGGACUUCAGUCGACUUCCAGAACAUGUUCCAGGACGCCGCCGCCGUGACCUCCAGAGGUCACAGCAUCAUGUGUGUGCUGGACAUGGACAAUAACCAGAUGCAGUUUGACAUCCUGCAGACCAGCAUCCCUCUGGAUCCAGUGAGCUAUAAGAGCGAGGGGGAGAUGGAGAGAGUCCAGUGAGGGGG